AUGAGUUUACCGAAAUCUUCAAAUAAGAAUCGUUUCCCCGAAGGAUAUGAGCACGUUUUAAAUGAAAACAAUGCAUCUAUUAGAUUCAAGCAAGGGGCUCCUUAUGUCUUCUGCGAUUGCUGCAAGAAAAGCUUCAAAUCGAACCAAGAGACUAUGAAACACAUAAGUUCAAAGGAGCAUGGAAUUAGUAAAGAUACAAAACAUUUUCUCGGUUUAAUGCGGCAUAUUCCCCCGAUUUCGGAGUCCCAUCGAAAAGCUUUAAAUGACGAGCUUUCUUUAAUUGAUAGAAAAUUCAUUGGUGAAGAUGAAAUCCAAUGGCGAAUCGAUUUGGCCGAAAAAUAUUGCCAAGCCCUUGAGUCUCGUAUACCCGGUUUAAAGAUGUGUGUAUAUGGAUGUGUAACAAUGGGUCUUAUGCGAACCUCUGAUCCGGUCCUAUUGAAUGCCACGAAGUUGUCUUCGCGAAGCGAUGUUAAUUCCAUAGAAGAGACUGAGCUUUCAAAAAUUUUUAAAAUUCUCACCAACUUUUCAAAAUAUCAAGAUCAACCUGCUGUGCCUGAAUCAGAUAGGAUUACUUUGACAAAUGACAGACUUCAUUGUCGAAUAAUUGAUGGAAGUGAAAAUAUUCCAAUGGAAAUUUCAAACAAGUCUCACAAUGUCGUCAAUUUUGCAUCCCUUAUUAAAACCUACUUUGGAAUCGAUCCUAGGGCUAAACAGUUGGCAAAACUGGUGGUAGUCUUUUCUAAGAAAGCACAAUUAUGCGAAACCUUACCAAUCCAAGCUAUUUGUACUAUGGUCAUAUUCUUCCUCCAGCGUCUCUCUCCACCCCUUCUUCCCAAUUUGCAUGAAAUUGUCCGAAAAUAUCAUGAGAAUUUUUCUAUAAAUUGCGUUACAAGGGUGGUAUUGAAGGAUGAGGAUCUAUCCUAUCUGAGUGAUCUCACAGUUCUCCCUAAAUUCUUUUCCUCAAAGGAUUCUUAUACCUUGGGUGAUCUAUGGCUGAAAUUUCUGCGGUUCUAUGUUUGUGAAUUUCAGCGUAGAGAUUACCUUAUUUCAAUUGUCAGUUCAGAACCUGUGAAGAAAUCCGCUCGAAAGAUGAAAUCUUCAACGCUUUUUGUGGAAGAUCCAUUUUGUCCGGGAACUUCUCUCAUCAGCGACAUGACAGUCCAUAUGGACAAAUUUAUGCACGACCAAUUUCUUGCCGCUUAUGUCUACUUUGGCAUUCCACGUCUAAAGGGUGCCUCCAUGCCCCUAUUCACGCACUACACUAUAGAACUUUGCAAAUCCCUUAGGAGGACAUUUUGCCUUGGGUCAGAUGGCAAUCAAAGGCAUCCCCUCCUCACAAUUCCCGCUGCAGAAUUCCAAACUCGAAUAGAAAAGGUAUCAUCAUCUGUUUCGAAGGGUGGACGACUGAUUGAUAUUGCUGUUGAAAUCCUUCAGUUGGCUAUCUCAGAGAUUUGUUUGCCUGAGUACAAGAUAGAUGUUAAAAAGUCCUAUUUGAAGGCACCACAUAUUCUACUGUCAUCUUAUCCGAUGGACAGUCUAUUGCAUGCAUCUCAAGCGGUGGAAUUCGCUCGAGCUUGCUGUAGCAAUCUAUGGAAUGCUGCGCAGAAUGACCUAAACGAAGGUGCUUCAAAGGUGCAAUUACUUGUAUUGGGAAGACAAGUCGUACAAAAAGCUCUAGAAAAUAUGGUAAUUAGUGAGGAAGAUAUGGGGAAGAAAGCAGCAGGUGUAGGUGAUGCAUCCUCACCCGAAAAUACAGCUGCUAUGGAGGAUUCAAGCCACAUAGAAGAAUCUACCGACAUACACGGAGAAGUAGGUCCAGACCAAGAGGAUGAACUUAAUCAAACUCUCGCUGAAAAUGUGCCUCAAAUUGAUUCUCACGAGUUCGCGUGGCACAAGUGUAUUAAUAUUGAAGAUCAGUACAAAUAUAUCGUUUUUGAUUCUGAAAGACCUGGCUACUAUAACUCUACUGUGAUUCGUGAGCUAAAAUCGGAGGAUUUGGCAUUUCCCUUCAAAGUGAAUGAACCCUUACCCGACCAUUUCAUUGGCUCGAGUAUCAUAGCUCACCCAGAGCCUCCACCUAUUGGUUGUGCUCAUUGUGAUAUGAGAGGACAUUUGAGUUCAGAAUGCCCGGCUACUAAUCUCCAAUAUUGGAAGCAAAGGGAGGCCAUUGUCCCCAAAGUAGCAAAUGAGAGACAUCUUCAUGAAUUGUCUAUGUGUUUCUCACAACUUGCGCAGUAUCACAAACUCUCAGCAGAAAUGGCUGCUCGACAUCGAUAUGUGGUCGAUUGUCUCACAGCUCACUUCAGACAAUUGUAUCCUGAUGUCUCACUGGUAUUGUUCGGUUCCUGUGCCAAUGGAUUUGAGACUAAGACCAGUGAUAUGGAUAUUUGUGUGGUGUUUCCUGAUAAUAGUAUCAAUACCUUAAUCUGGUAUGUUGGAAGCUUUAAUGAAAGGGAAAGGUGCAACUCGUUGCGAAUCUCCAACAUUCGACCCGUUUUUCAUGCUAAAGUUCCGAUUAUCAAGUUUUUAGUUGAUAGAACUAUCGAAGUUGACCUGAGCUUCUCAAACUUCUUGGCUAUCUAUAACACGCGAAUGCUUCGAGUAUACAAUGAGUAUGAACCCCGCCUUAGGGUUCUAAAUACGGUUCUCAAAGUUGUACUCAAGACUUGUGGUAUUCCGAAAUCUUGUGACGGUGGUAUUUCGUCAUACGCUUAUGCAAUUAUGCUCAUUCACUAUUUACAAAGAAUAGGUUAUCUGCCCUAUUUACAAGAGGCCUAUGAAUUGAAUCACCGCCCGGUAGUUAUGGUAUCAGAUUGGAAUGUUUGGUUCCAGGAGGAUUCGCAAAUUGUUUUGAAAAAAUGGCAACCACCAAGAGAUAAGGCUACAGUAGCAGAACUCUGGCUGGGAUUUCUCCAUUACUAUCUCUUUGAGUUUGAUCGAGGUGCCUAUGAGGUGACAAUCGAUACCAAGGAGUUAGCGCCUCGGGUUACCUCAACUAACUCCUUUGUAAUUAAGGAUCCCUUCGAUUUAUCCCACAAUAUGACGCAAUUCGUCCAUGAUAAACUGAUAAUUCAAAUAUUUACCACGUUCUAUAAUGUCCUCUUGCACCACUCAUCAACCAUUCGAGGUGAUAUGAAUGUGGAUUUAUGGAAACAUUACCUUUUCUCCUCACCGAAUUUGUUGGCACCGCUCGUUAACGUGUCACCCGAAGGAGAUUACCAACAAAAAAAUUCAAGUGGGAAAAGGCACAAGAAUAAGGCGGAUGCAGUGAAACCAGUGCAAAAUCUUGCUCUACUUGGACCUCCCUCUGCACCUCCUAAAUUGAAGCCAGUCUCAACUCAGGUUCCUGCUUCUCACGGUAACCAAACUCUCACUCUGUGGCUGUUAAUGAGGUGGUCCAUGAGUCGUUGUGCCUAUGCACUUCAAGCGUUCAGUUCUAAUGAUGACUCUGUUUACUUUCUUCCAGGUGGAAAUGGAAGCCGCGCCAAUCACAUCAAUGUGAAUGCAUCACCACCUGAUCGAAUGAAUCGUCCUCUCCAACCUCUUAAUCCACAUAAUCAGCCUGUUUGUUUGCCACCAUUUGCUCAACAGGUUCAUAUUGUUCCUGUGCAAGCAAAUCAACGGAAUGCUAUGAAUCCUUCAGUUGUAGUAGGGGUUCCUCAUCAUCGUGGUGGUCGUGGAGGUCGUGGUGGACAAUCUCAUCGUAGAGGUGGGAGGGCCAGAAAUUCGGGUCGUGGUCCUGCAGUCGGCAUUUCAAAGACCAGUGGACGCAGUGGUCUUUUGCAGUAG